AUACGAAAGCAGAUAAGAUUGAACUGCAUAGAAAUUUAUUGCGUUAAACACGUGGUGGGAAUCAGCUGAUUUGUGGUCGAACGUCAAAAUACAAAUGCGUGAUCAAACAUUUCUAUUCUUUCUGAUAUGUGAUAUACGUACUUCGAAAUAAAAUAAGUAAUAUUAAAUCAUAAAAAUGAUGGUAGAUAUAGACGAAGCCGAAGUGACGAAAGUUCAAUCACAAAAUGACAGUGUUGAGGAUAUAGUAGAUUUUUCUAAAGCUACAGAAAAAUUGGCACAUGGAAUAUUAACUAUCUAUCAACCAUCAUUGGAGAAAGUCAAGGAAAAUCUUAAUGAAUUGACAAGUAAGCAAGAAGUUUUACUUAAUCAAAUACAAAAUGAUAAUAAGAAACUUCAAGAUGUCCUUGAAGAUGCAGAUUUAAAUGAAAUGUUUGCUACCAUUAAAUUAUAUCAAGGAAAAUUAACAACUAUUAAAAAGGAAAUGGUCAUGGUACAUGAUAGGACCUUCAAAUUAAAAAAACGGGCAUUACGCUUACAACAAAUUAAACAGAAGGAAGCUCUUGGUAGAGAACAACAAAGAGAACAAGAGCUUCGUAGAGAACAAGAAUUAAUUGGUAAGCCUACAACAUCUCAAUGAAAUUCAAUGCCUGUAAAGAUCUACCAAAUUAAUUACUUAGAACAGAUAGUAUAUAUAUAUAUAUGAUAAGAUAAAUAUUAAAAAAUAUAGAAACAUUGUGCAUUUAUAUAAUUAAUAUUGAUGAUAAAAUAUUUUUAAAAAUGUAUUAACAUUUAUGAGUUCAUAAAAAGUUACAAUUAAUUUUUUGAAAAUUCA